AUGUCGGACCAUGUGGCUGGCGAGGAAAAUGUGCAAAAGGUCAUGUCAGCAAGAGAGCACGUAGUGGCUUCCUCUCACGAGUCACAACACUCCCAUGACUCCCAUGACUCUCAUGACUCCGAAGACCAAGACUCAGAAGUCGAUCAUGAGCCCAUCCAAGAACGUUAUGGGAACCCUUCAUACUCUAGAUUCCGCCGAGUGGCUUCCAAAACGAUUGUUUCAUUCGGGCUUAAUGACCCAGACAACCCCGUCAACUGGAGAACGAGGAGGAAGUUCCUUGUUCUCUCAGCUGGUGUCAUGCAAGUCAUGAACAGCACUAUCGGCUCGUCGAUUUGUAGCAACGCCAUCCCCCAAAUUGCCGAAGAGUUCAACAUCACCAACGAAACCGCUCUCGUCUUGCCCAUCUCCGUCUUUCUCGUCGGAUACAUUUUAGGGCCAUUGCUGUGGGGUCCUAGCUCCGAGUAUUUUGGCCGGAAGGGCCCUUUGCUCAUCUCUUUUGUCUUAUUCAUGAUAUUCACGCUAGCGUGCGCUAUCGCAAAUUCGUAUGCAUCUCUGCUUGUAUUCCGACUAUUCAAUGGCAUGGUUGCGUCGGCGCCUAUCGCCACUGUCGGUGGGUUGUUUGCUGAUGUACAUGACGAUCCCACACUGCGAGGUCGCCUGAUGGCUUAUUUCAUGGCUUGUACAACCCUUGGGCCAAUCAUUGGACCUUGGGUAUCUGGCUUCGUUGCAGUUGUCAGCUGGCGUUGGUGUUUUUGGAUCGGACUCAUUCUCUCGGGUGCUACCUUGCCAUUGAUUAUCGCCAUGCCUGAAACCUAUGCCCCGGUCAUUCUGAAGCGCCGUGCGCACAAGCUACGCAAAGAUACCGGCAAUUCAAGCAUCGUAUCGCCAUUGGACCUCCAGAGUCGCAAUCUGCCAGAAAUGCUGCUUAUCACGAUCUCGCGACCAUUCCGCAUGAUUAUUCAUGAGUAUAUCGUUUCGCUGAGUUCAUUGUAUCUUGCUCUGGCAUACGCAAUCUUCUACCUCUACUUUGAGGCAUAUCCAAUUAUCUUCCAAGGUAUCUACAAAAUGAGCCCUGGUGUAUCUGGCUUGAUGUUUCUGCCUAUCGGUAUCGGCGCCGGGCUUGCCUGUGGCGUCUUCAUCUGGUACGAUGGCUACCUAGCCCGAGCGAAGGCCCGCAACGCCAGCUGGGCCUUCAUCGAGGAAUACCGCAGACUCCCCCUCGCCUGCGUCGGCGGACCCCUAUACGUGAUCUCCCUCUUCUGGAUAGGCUGGACAGCCUCGCCAAACAUUCACUGGGUCGUACCCUUCCUCUCCGGCAUCCCCUUCGGAAUGGGCUAUCUGUUAAUUUUCAUGGCUAUGCUGAACUACCUGACCGACGCCUACGAAACCCUCUCCGCUAGCGCACAGUCCGCCGCAAGCUGCACACGAAGCAUUCUAGGUGCCUUGCUUCCGCUCGCUGCUAAGCCGAUGUUCAAUCGACUCGGCGUGCCUUGGGCUUGCAGUCUAAUUGCCUUCCUCAGUAUGGGUGUCUCUGUAAUUCCGUUUGCUUUCAUUCGCUACGGUGACCGCAUCAGAGCGAACAGCAAGUUCUGUCAGGAGCUCAAGAUCAUGAAGGAGGCUGAGCGCUUGGAAUGGGAGCGAGAGGAGCGUCUUGCGAAUGGUGAUGAUACCCUUGAGCCCAUUGCGUCCCGCAAUACUGGGAUUUCGAUGACAAGGAUCGAUACUGCUCGCACGGAUAAAGCGUCGAUUAUUUGUUGA